AUGUUUCCAAAUGAAUCCCACCAACAUAAGGGCCUCCUCCAGCUAUUGCUCUACUUUAGAUGGAUCUGGGUCGGAGUUCUUGUGAAUGAUGACCAAGGGGAGAAAUUUGUACAGGAGGUGCUCCCCGCGUUUUCUCAGAAGGGCAUCUGCUUUGAUUUCAUAGGAGAGUUCCCCAGUGUAGCUUUUUACAGUGACUUUACAAAUGUGAUGGAUGAAGCAUACAGAACCUACUCUACCAUUGCAAAAAGCACAGCCAAGGUGAUUGUCUUAUACGGCACGAUGCAAUCCAUGACUUUUUUGAAAAUAUCAGUGCAGUAUGCAGAAGUGGAGAAUAUAUCGGUCAAUACAAAGGUCUGGAUCAUGAAUGCUGAAAUGGAUUUCACAUCCGUAUCUGUUCAAAGGGAUUGGGAUGUCAAUUUCCUCCAAAAUGCUUUAUCCUUUGCAGUUCACUCAAAAGAGGUGCCAGGCUUCCAGGAAUUUCUACUACUCAGAAAUCCAACAGCAGCAGAAGACGAUGGGUUUCUAAGGAAUUUCUGGGAGCAUGCAUUCCAGUGCUUGUUUCCCAGCUCUGAACUAAAUAAAAAAUAUGGCACAAUCUGUACAAGGAAGGAGAAAAUGGCAACCCUUCCAACCUCUGUGUUUGAAUUUAGCACAACUGGCCACAGUUAUAAUAUAUACAAUGCAGUCUAUGCUGUAGCACAUGCUUUGGAGUCAAUGCAUUCAUCAAAACUCAAACACAACCAUCUUGUGGGCAGAAGAGGACCAAAACUUCAGAACCAACAAUUCUGGCAGCUUCAUCCUUUCCUAAGAACAGUUUCAUUCAAUAACAGUGUUGGAGAGAAGAUUUCAUUUGACAAAAAUGGGGAGCUCAUUGGUGGAUUUGAUAUUAACAACUGGAUCACAUUCCCAAACCGAUCAUUUUUUAGGAUCCAGGUUGGAAGGAUAGAUCCCAUGGCUUCCCCAGACAAAUUCUUCAACAUUUCCAAAGAUUCUAUCACGUGGCCCAAAAGUUUUAACCAGGCACAUCCCCUUUCUUUGUGUAACGAUCCUUGCCAAACAGGGCAUAGCAAGACUAAGAAGGAAUCAAGACCAUUUUGUUGCUAUGAUUGCCAUCCAUGUCCAGAAGGGAAAAUUUCAAACAAAGAAGAUAUGGAAGACUGUUCUCAUUGUCCAGAAGGUCAUUAUUCAAACCAUGAUAAAAAUGCAUGCAUUCCAAAACACAUCACUUUCUUAUCCUAUGAAGAACCCUUGGGGAUCAGUUUAGCUAUUUGUGCUCUUUCUUUUUCUUUUAUCACAGCUCUGGUGCUUGGGAUCUUCAUUAAAAACAAAUACACCCCUAUUGUCAAAGCCAACAACCGUAAUCUCACCUACACUCUUCUAGUUUCUCUCCUCCUCUCUUUUCUUUGUGUUUUAUUAUUUAUCGGGAAACCUGAUAAGGUUGUGUGUCUCCUUCGACAACCAGCUUUUGGAAUCAUCUUCUCCAUGGCAGUUUCUUGUGUCUUGGCCAAAACCUUUGUUGUGGUCCUAGCUUUCAUGGCCACCAAGCCUGGAUCUAGAAUGAGGAAAUGGGUGGGGAAAGGAAUGGACAGUUUCAUUGUUCUCUUUUGUUGCCUUAUUCAAACCACUAUAUGCAUCAUAUGGCUGGGAAUUUUUCCACCAUAUCCAGAUUUUGAUAUGCACUCAAUGUCUCAAGAGGUCAUCAUGGAGUGCAAUGAAGGCUCAGUCACUAUGUUCUACAGUGUUUUGGGUUUUCUGGGUUUUCUGGCUGUGAUCAGCUUUUCUGCUGCUUUUCUAGCUAGGAGGUUACCUGACAGUUUCAAUGAAGCCAAAUUUAUCACCUUCAGCAUGUUGGUCUUCUGCAGUGUUUGGCUGUGUUUUAUUCCAACCUAUCUAAGCACAAGGGGAAAAUAUACAUUGGCUGUGGAGAUCUUCUCCAUGAUCUCUUCCAGUGCUGGAUUACUGGUGUGCAUCUUUUCCCCAAAGUGUUUUAUCAUUGUGAUGAGACCUGAGCUGAACAAUAAACAUCAGCUAAUGAAAAAAAAGUUUUAA